UACUGCCUACAUUUUAAAAUCUUUUUCAAAGUUUUUAUCCAACUCAACAAAGUUAAACUCUAAUAAAAUACUCAAUUCAAUAAUGCCAAGCAACGAGAACAUGUCUAAAAAGUUAAAAUCUGAUCAAUUUACAAUUGGAACUCACAGUGGUACUUUUCACUGUGACGAAGUUUUGGCAUGCUUUAUGAUUAAGCAAUUGCCCGCCUAUUCAGAUGCGAAAAUCAUUCGCAGUCGUGAUGAUAAGGUCCUAGAUGAAUGUGAUAUGGUUAUAGAUGUUGGAGGAGUAUUCAAUCACGAUGCCAAACGAUAUGACCAUCAUCAAAAAACCUUCCAAGAGUCACUUAGCUCUUUGAGGCCCGAAUUUGGUGAAAAUUUUAAAAUUAGACUUAGCUCAGCUGGACUUAUCUAUACCUUCUAUGGUGAAGAUGUAAUCCAAGAGCUUUUAAAAAAGAACGGAAACGAAGAGUUAACCCCUUCGGACUUGAAGGCGGUCUACAAACAAAUUUAUAAGAGUCUGAUCCAAGAAAUUGACGGCAUCGACAAUGGUGUGCCAAUGUUCGAUGGUGAACCCGCUUACACUAUUUCAACGCACCUUAGUGCUCGCAUAGGUAACCUUAAUCCGUCAUGGGAAAUAGUAGACUAUGACUUGGAUGAUAUUUUCCAAAAAGCAAUGGAAACCGCAGGUAAAGAAUUUACCCAAAUAGUAAUGAGCUUUGCCACCUCGUGGAUAAAGGCUCGAUCACAUGUUAGAAAAGCAAUAGAAAAUGCUAAAAAUGUCCAUAAAUCUGGAGAGAUAUUAGAAUUGCAACAAUUCUGCCCAUGGAAGCACCAUUUAGCCGAUUUAGAAAAAGAGUACAAUAUCGUAGGUGUACCUAAAUAUGUUCUCUUUAAUGAGAAACCCGGAAGUUGGAGGGUAAUUUGUGUCCCCAACUCACCAUCGAGUUUUGUUUGUAGAAAAUUUCUAAUGGAAAGUUGGAGAGGUUUCCGUGAUGAAGAGCUUUCCAAAUUGGCCGGUCUUCCUGGUUUGAUAUUUGUUCAUCAUACAGGAUUUGUUGGUGGAGCUGAUACCAGGGAAAGCGUUUUGCAAAUGGCUAUUAAAAGUUUAGAAAAUUAAUAAA